AUGUCGGUGCUUGUAUAUUUGGUGCGAAUCCAUGUCUCCUCCAUUACAAGGACACUCUGUUUCUCCUCCAAAACCAAUUCACACCGAGUUUUUCAUAUUUCAAACCCUUCAGUGUCCCAAAUUCGCAUCCAUGCUAUGAACAAGACACCCAAAAACACGACACAGAAGUUUGUCCAGCCUGAAGGAUCUGCAUACACAGAAACAAGUGAAUUGGGUCAAUUUAAUGAAUGUCCUGCCAAUUGGGAAUAUGUGCUUGAAGGGAUUCGUAAAAUGAGUCAAUCCAUAGACACUUCUGGAGAUCGGGAAGAUGACGAUAUUCAUCCUCCUAAGGAAAGAAGGUUUGUUGUGCUGGCAUCUACUCUUUUGUCAAGCCAAACUAAAGAGCAUAUUACUCGUGGAGCAACUCAACGUCUUCGUCAAAAUGGUCUGCUUACUGCUGAUGCACUCAACAACGCUGAUGAAGAAACUAUCAAAAAGUUGAUUUACCCUGUUGGAUUUUAUAUAAGAAAAGCCAGUAACUUGAAGAAAAUGGCUCAUAUUUGUCUAACAAAAUAUGAUGGGGACAUACCUAAUACAAUUGAGGAACUACUCUCACUUCCAGGCGUAGGUCCUAAGAUUGCUCAUUUGGUUAUGAUUAUUGCAUGGAACAAUGUCCAAGGAAUAUGUGUAGACACUCAUGUCCACCGCAUCUGCAAUCGUCUUGGAUGGGUUUCGAGAUCAGGCACAAAACAGAGAACUUCAAUACCAGAAGAAACAAGAAAGGCGCUGCAACAGUGGCUUCCGAGGGAAGAAUGGGUUGCAAUAAAUCCUCUCUUGGUAGGAUUUGGAAGGACGAUUUGUACCACUUUACGGCCUCGCUGUGGAGAAUGCAGUGUAAGUAAGUUCUGCCCAUCAGCGUUCAAGGAGACUUUGACUUCAUCUUCUAGGUCCAAUAAGUCUUGA